AUGUUCCUGCAGGCAUUGGGUAUCCCUUUCACAGCAUUGGCUGCCGCAGAGAAGCAGCCAGAGUACAGGAGGGUGAUUCAGGCCAAUCAUGGGUCCCGGCUGCAGCACUUGUAUGAGACCCUGGAGGAUAUGCUAGAGGAGAAGACAUGUACCAAGCACCCAGAUUGCGAGCGUUGCCGAGUAGAUUCUGCAGGAGGCAUCAGUUUGGCUCUCACUGGCAGCCCCUGCAAUCCCUUCUCUAAGCAACGAGCAAAACGGUUUCGGGACCAGUCAGUGCAACAUCACCGCAUGACAGAGACCACCAUGUCUGGUGUUGUUGGGCUCUAUCUAAAGUGGGAACCUCGUGCAGCUAUCAUGGAGCAAGUCCGUGGCUUCGACAUGCAGACCAGCCAAGCAGAUGUGACAACCCCGGCCACCAAGUUCCUCCAGAUCAUGGCAGCCCAGACCUGGAAACACGGUGGAUAUUGGGUUGCCAAGCUGUAUCUGGAUUCAACUGAUUGGAUCCAGAUCAUCAGUGGCAUGGCUGAUGAUGGUCUUGCUGACUUGGACUUGGAUCUGAAUUCCCUAAUCGAUGGCCUGCUCGAUGCGGGCGCUUCGCACGAGGAUGAAGCUGACAGCCGUGACAGCCAGCCAUCUGAUGUGGCUGCACAACUGGUGCCUGCACAGCCAAACCCAAACUGGUUAGAAGAAGAUGAGUUACUUGGCCUGGUGGACGAUUUGCUACCUUCAGUUUCUGAAGAGUCUUUUCAACCAGCUGUGAAUAGUGAUCUACGUGACAUCUUUGGCCCACGAGCUGGAUUGUCUCAGCUAGGGGACAGCUUUCAGCAGCAGAUGUUCAAGCGCUACUGUGCUGCUACAAGUGCUGGAAGCGAGAGGCCAGUACUGCGGAAAGCCGUGGUAGCGGUGACUGAUUGCUUGAUUCGUUCUGGAAGGCACCGAUCUAUUUCAGUGAUACAAGAUCAAUCAGGGACUUCACGUCGCUCGCUGCAGCGAACCCUUUUUCAGCUCGCAGCAGUUCUGCUGCAUGGUGGGUGCUGGUUGGUAGGAGCCAUGCUGGGAAUGUGUUCUAGAUGGUUUCAGCGCCCGAGAAUGAUGCCAGUCAUGGCUGUGAGCAAAUUCCGGUACGACGAGACUCCGCUGCGCAUGAGGCUUGUUGAGCUGCAACAGUUCAUUCCUGAUUUUGUGCAGCGUGGUGGACACUUAUCAGAGUCCUACAAGUACGUCAAAAUACUUCGAAUCGACUGGACCCUGGGCUUGCUGAUCUAUGAUCUUGCCUCACUUGGCCACAGACUCAUCACAGUGGACAUUCCGGUGGCUAUGGUUCCCCUGGAACGGACAACAGCAGAAACACAAGCCGCCGCAAUUCGGUCUGCUAUGGCAUGUGUUCCAAAUCUCCAUCAGCACCUGUCGCUCUACCCCGAGCAGGUACGUCUGGCCUGUGUCGACCGAUACGCAGCCAACUUGAAAGCCGAAGACUAUUUCAAGUCUUCGCAACCUGAGAUGACGCGCACGAUUUUUCCUUGUGACGUGCAUAAGGCAUCGGCUGUGAUCAAAAAAAGCCUCCGACCCUUCGAAGAGGUGACAUCGGGCUUGGUGCACACCGGACUGAGCAUGGAAGGCGGUGGAUCGCUGGCAGUGCUGAGGCAAGUGUUGCAGGAUGUUUUCGAGAACGAGCUUAUCGUGGAAAAUUCUCCGGCACCUGGGGGAUCCAUUCGAAAUCACACAAGACAAAUACUUGAUCUUUUUUGCCCCGUGCACCCUGGAGCUUCGUCACCUCUGAAGAACAUGCGGCGACAGUUCGUGCUACAGUAUUACUGCAACAGUGACAUCACCCAAGACCGCAUAGUGCACCACUGCAGUUUCUCUUGCUGUCGCAGCAGGCAGGAAACGGCAGAUCGAUUCGCUUCAUCGGUGGUGCUUGCGUUCCUGCCGCGAAAGUGCCCCAUGCUCAAACGCAAGAGCUGGACUGAUGCAGAGCAGCCGAUGGAGUGGACGGGGCUGCUACAAUCGUUCUGGGGCCUUUUCACAAAGGUCAUGGUGAAAUUCACGGGAUCGGCGAGCGUCGCUCCAGUGGCACGUGUCUCUGUGGGGCAUGAGGAAGACGAGGCGGAAGAUUUUGGCCAGGGCGAAGCCGCCGAAGCCUUGGGUGCUGCCGGCACGGAUGUCUUGGAAUUGAUCGACGGCAUUCUGGCACAGGGCUCCGGUGUGGGUGAGGGUGAGACUGGGGAUCACGAUGAAGCGGCAGCACCUAUGCUGCCAGACGGUGAAAUCGAUUGGCACGAGCUGCAGCUGCGACGCAAGAGGAAAGCUGGUGUUUUCUCAUGUCGUGCAUCUCUCAUGGAGAAUCUUGGCAGAAGGGUGCUUGUGAGUUUGCAGUUUGUGAUUUGUGAAUGUCAGAAUUGUCAAAGACACCAAGAGAUCCAGAUUGCAGCUUUCCAGAUACAAUCACAGAAGCUGGCAGCAGCAGCUGGCAGCUAUCUAUCACUUUGGUUUCUUUGCUCUCUUACUGUUACUAUAUCAAAAGUAAUUACCUCAGACCAGACUGCAUAG